AAUUUGUUCCGCCGCGCCAUUGUAAUUUCAAAUUCGUGUUUUCUUCAUUGUAAUUUUAUCGGUUGCACUCGCGAACAAGUUUGAUUUACUUUAUUUUUAAUUAAAAAUGCUUCUCAAAUUUCGGACGAAAUAUCUAUGUAUGUGUGUGGUGUUGUUAAUAUGAAUACAUAUAUAUAUAAGAGAGAAGAUAGUAGAUGUGCAAACAGUGUGUGCUCGCGGCGGCAGACGGUCUAGCGGUCUGUCCUCAUAUACAUCAGGCUUUUUCCAAAUCCAGUCGUGCGAUAACUAAUUUCAAUAUCGUAGUAUAUAAAGUUUUAUCUGACUAACAUAUGAAUAUAUGUAUGUGUAUAAUUAACGCUUUCCACUUCAAUUUCGAUGUCAGCGAUCAAUUUAAUUUAAGUUCAACGGAUUUUGUUUAGUGUUCUUUUUGUUUUCAACAGCUCAAUUGUAAUUAUAACGGUGAUCUUAACUACGAAUUGGAAUGGACCAACAAAUCAGUAUAAGCUUGAGGUUCUACUGACCGCAGACAACAAUAAAGUGAAAGCUGAUAAAUAUAUUCAAAGUCAGGAAGCGCUUGUAGACCCAAUCAACGUCGCCCUGCUUAAAAUCACUCUGCUUAGGGUGCGCUAUAACAAGGAAGAGUCGCUUUGGAAUCUGCAAAAAAAUGCAUUUACCGUAAUUUAAAUUUUCAGUCCACAAACCAUCCAACAAAUUCGCCCCUAUCUUCGAUAUCUAUUAUACAAUGUGCUACCGGUAAAUGCCACGCCCACCGAAUAUCAAUAUUUAGAUAUGAUUUUGAAGAGCAAAAAUUAUACACAUCUUGAGUUUCUACAAAAAAUCUCACCAGAUUGUCAAAGUCAGUUAAUACGUUGUAAAUUACACGAUCACAUACGUCCGUGCCGGGAACUCUUUCAGCGUAUUGAAACAGAAAAUGGUUUCUGCUGUUCAUUUAUUUACGAUGAAAAUCUACUGGGAAAGGAUACCAAGGGACAGACCAUGAGUUUUGGUUACAGGUGGGGCUUGACGAUAUUACUCGAUCCGCAAGUGGAGGACUAUUACGCGUCCAGAAGCAAAUUGGCUGGAUUUCAAAUAUUCUCACAUGAAACAGCCGAUCGUAUAAGUAUGGAUUAUCCACACCAAAUGGUCUUUGCACGUAACGAAAUCGAUAUACGCGUCACAACAUCCUUAACGUAUGCCAUACCAUAUGUGCGACGGUACGAUGUGGACAUGCGUCGUUGUUAUUUCAAUAAUGAACGCAAAUUGCUUACAUUCUCCAAUUAUACGCAAUAUACGUGUUUCUUGGAUUGUCGUAGUAGACAGAUGCUAGCGACGUGCGGUUGUGUGCCACCCUUAUGGUCGCGUACGAGUAAUUGGAGCAUUUGCACGUUGACACAGGCGAGCUGUGUGAAGGCUAAUAUGGAACGUAUUAUGCGCACCAUAAACCAUGUACAUCGUGACGUCGAACCUUACAAAAGUAAUCCCAACAGUGAAAGAUACAUUUGCCAGUGCUAUCCGAACUGCAAUUUAUACAUUUAUAACACCUACUAUGAUGUUACACCGUUGGAGAGGAACUUUUCCAUGAAUGACAUGGAGUUCUUCAGUGGCGUCGAGCUGAAAAAUCACUUAAUGGUUCAUGUUUUCGUCUCCGAUAUGAGUGGAGAACACACGCGCCUGGACGUCUACUAUCAAUGGCAGAAUAAUUUUGGCUUAUUCGGCGGCAUAACAAGUUUAUAUAUGGGCUGUAGUUUCAUAUCCAUUUUAGAAAUAUUUUUUUUCCUUUUCGUGCGUCCGCUAUGCAAUUGGUUAGCAAGGCGAAGGCCUCGCCGCCAAGUUGGGCAUAAUAACAACCUAAAGUGGGCUGGAAAAAGAAAACCAAAAAUUGCAAUUAGUUCUAUAGCAUGAAAUAUAAUCGAAAAUUAGCAGUUAAUUCAAUUUGCUUGUGGAAAUUCAAUUAUUUUUUUUCCAAAGAAAUGUGAAAUAUUUUACUUCUUUUAUUGAGCUUCUAGGAAAAUAAAAGCUGUUGAAUUUUCA